AUGCUGGAUGAAAUGAUGGGAGGCAUGCUGCUUCCCCGGACUACGGAUGAUGGUACAGCUCGCGGACAGCGAGCCCUGGUAGUGACAGCCGUGCUUACCGGACUCUCAAUUGUCAUUGUCGCUAUGCGUAUGUAUGCGCGAGUUGGGUUAAUGAAAUUGACUGGUCGUGAAGAUUAUAUGAUUCUUAUUUCUCUGGUAUUAUCAUGCACGUACCUCGGUCUUGUUGCUGCUGAGGUGCAUUUUGGACUCGGAAAACAUGACGCCGAUUUGUCUGACGUUGUUGUGAAAGAGCAAUUGAAGUCCUCUGUAAUGAAGCGACUCUGGGCCGCUAUCCCUUUCUAUAAUGCCAGCUUGAUCUUUACCAAAUUUUCCAUUCUUUUCCAGUAUCUUCGGAUCUUCCCCGACCGCCGCUUCCGGCUUGCCUGCUGGAUCGUGUUUGGUAUCGUGGCUACUUACGGAACAUGGGCAGUAGUCAGUGGUUUCUUGAACUGUGUCCCAGUCGCCAAAUUCUGGAACCGCAACAUCUCCGGCUACUGCCUAAGUUUCGAGGCCGUCUGGUUCUUCAACGCAUCGAUGAAUAUCGCUACAGACACAACCCUGUUAAUCUUGCCUAUGCCUCUUCUGUCGCAAUUACAACUCCCGCGCAUGCAAAAAUUCGCUCUUAUGGGUGUCUUUGCUAUUGGUGGACUCCCCCAUUCAAUUUCUUUUCUCCUCCUCGAGUUUAGACUAACAAACGAACCAGACAGUAAUGUUGGCGCUGCCUAUUGGACCGCUGCAGAAUGCAACGUCGCCAUCAUCUGCGCCUGCCUACCAUUCCUUCGUCCAAUCGUCAGUCGCAUCUUCCCUCGUUUCCUCUCGACCAACAGCUACAACCGCUACACUCGCAACCCCACCAUGACAGCCAGUCGCAUGACCGCCACUCGGAUGACCGCGCGCUCGCACCGGCAAAAGGUCGAGCUUUACUCCCAGGACCGCGACUACGGCAUGUACACCAUCGACGUCAAGUCCGGCGAAGCGAGCCACGAUAGUGCGCUAGACGGAAUCGCGGUCACGACGACAACGAUGAUUCAGGAGACAUCGAGAAACAAUGACGAGUCGACCAGUCAGCGUCGAUUGGUUGUUGAUGUCUGA